CGAACCAAAAUGCGAAAUACGCAUGGUCAAUCACUCUUUUAAGUUUAAAAUAGAAAUAGCGGGCAAUAUCCAAAAAUACACCUUAUUUCUAGCUAGUCCUUGAUAUCCAGUACUUUGGAAUGACAAUUGAAAUAUGUCUGAAAUUCAAGAAUGUUCUUCAGUUGGAAGUGUAUCCGUAGAUAAUACAAUAAACAAUAAUGAAAAAGAUCAAUCAAAGAUAAUUUCUUCUUUACAAGACGCAAAAAAUGAAAUUUUACAUACCGUUGACAAGGAUGCUGUCAAAGUACAAGAGGAUAUACCAAAACUGAAUGAAAAUUUAAACAUAGAGAAUGAAAAUACAAUAUCUAAUGCUUCAAAUAUUACUAAAAAUGAUCUCAUAUUAAAGUCGAUGUCAGAUACGGUUACUGUUAAGGAUGAAUUCAACAAGGUAAGCAAAAGUGAGAAUGCGUUGAUAUGCAAGUUAGAAGAAGAAGUAAAGGAAAGAAUCAUAGAACGAGAUAUGUAUCACAGAAAGUUAGUAGAAGUCGAACAAAAAUUGACUGAUCUGGAAGCAUUCGUUGCUAACACUAUUAAGAGUGUUGAUAACAAUAAAGAAAGUGUUGCGCAUGUAACACUGACUGAAUUAAAAAAUAAAUUAACAGAGACAAUAAUGCAAUUAGAAGAUCGUGGAGUUAUUAUGGCUAAUCAAGAAAAACAAAUCAAUGCUCUUAACAUACAAGUAUCAACGUUGAAGGAAGUAGUAGCUAUUACAAGAGAUCUUUUACAAAUUCGUAAUAAGGAAGUUAAACAUUUACAGGCAGAGGUUGAUAAUAUGGAAGCACGAAUUGCAGAAGAACGUGAAAAGCAUAAUACGAUGAUGUCUAGAAUGGAUGAUGCAGUACGAUUAAAUUCUGAUUUAAAGAAAGAAUAUGAGACACAAUUAAAUCUUUUUAAAGAUUUACGUAUUAAAUAUGACGAAAAAAUAACUUUACUUUCGGAAGAAAAACGAGCCCUUGAAUUAUCAAAUCAACCUGCAGCCAAUUAAAUAGGAAGAACUAAAACCAGAAGAAAUUAAAGCUCAUACAGAAAAAUUUCUAAUGAUCAAUUUAAUGAAAUGUCAUUUAUGUAUAUUAUUUGAUUUCUAAAUCUAAUAGCUACGUGUACAGUUAUAGAUGCAAAAUUACGAAUAAGAAUUAAAAAUGCAUGAUAAUGGUUUAUACACAUUAGUGGAACAUUAUUUGUAUUGUUAUAAAACUAAAUAUUGUUUAAGUAAAAAAUGAUGUAACAUU